AUGGGAGAAACCUAUGUGCCUGUGGGGAUGAUCUUCUUAUCCCAGACUGUAGUUGGGAUUCUGGGUAAUUUCUCUCUUCUCUACCAUUGUCUAUUCCUUUCCUGCAUGGGGGACAGAAUGAGAGGCACAGACUUGAUUCUUAGGCACUUAAUUGUGGCCAAUUUUUUAAGUCUCUUGUGUAGGGGCAUUCCCCAAACCAUGGCUGCAUGGGGCUGGAGAGAUUUCCUCAGUGAUCUGGGGUGCAAACUGGUUUCUUAUGUCUACCGAGUGAGCAGAGGGGUGGCGAUUGGUAGCACUUGCUCCCUUAGUGUCUUCCAGGCCUUCAGCAUCAGCCCCGGGGCUUCCAGGUGGGCAGGGCUGAAGGGGAGAGCCCACAAGCACAUUGUCUCCAUGGUCUACCUCAGCUGGGGGGUCAGCCUCUUGGUGAACAUUGUUUUUCUCAUGUACAUAACCAAACCCAAAACACUGGACAACACGACAAUGUUAAAAGCCUAUGGAUACUGUUUCUCCGUGCGGCACAAUCCAGCUGCAGAAGUACUAUACGUGGCAUUGCUCUCAGUGCCUGAUGUUCUGGGUCUGGGGCUCAUGCUCUGGGCCAGCAUCUCCAUGCUCUUCAUCCUCUAUACACACAAGCUGAGAAUGCAGCACAUCCAAAGGACCAGUGUCUCCUGCAGAGCCUCUCCUGAAUCCAGAGCUACCAAAAGCAUCCUCCUCCUGGUGAGCACCUUUGUGUCCUUUUACACCUGGUCCUGCAUCUGUCAGAUUUUCUUGUGUGUGACUUACAACCCCAGCCCUGUGCUACUACAUAUGGCCGCAUUUGCUAUGGGCUGUUUCCCAGCUGUCAGCCCUUUUCUGCUCAUGAGUGGACACUCCACUCCCUACAGCCGGUGCUUCGACUGCAGGAGGGGGAAGAACACAAUCCUUUCUUAA